AUGCGCUCCGACGGCCAAAGCAGCUCCACGGCUGCUACCACAUCCACAGAGCAACCGCAGAGCUUUCAUGUAGAUAAUGUCUCCCCAUCCGCCCCCCACGUGCCUAUUACCGAUGCGUCGCCGAGUUCCGAUCUUGUCACUCGUUUGGAGAUCCUGUCAACCAAAAUUCCGAACUUCUACAUCGCUCCCUUCUGUGGUGCGAGUGCAGGCGUUGCUUCUGGUAUUGUGACUUGCCCCCUCGAUGUUAUCAAAACCAAGCUGCAGGCCCAAGGCGGCUUUGCCCGACGGGGAGGACAGCCGGUGGAUUCGAAAGCGCUAUAUCGAGGAAUGCUGGGAACUGGAAGAGUGAUCUUCCGAAACGAUGGUAUUCGCGGCCUAUAUCAAGGUCUUGGUCCGAUGUUGAUGGGGUAUCUCCCCACUUGGGCGGUUUACCUUGCUGUGUACGACAGAUCCCGGGAAUACUUCUAUGAGCAGACAGACAGCUGGUGGUUGUCCCGUGGCUAUGCUUCUGUUACGGCUGGCGCUUGCUCCACGAUCGUGACCAAUCCUAUUUGGGUCAUCAAGACAAGACUAAUGUCGCAGAGUCUUAAGCAAAAUAAUGAAGGAGUCCGCGCCCCAUGGCAGUAUUCCGGCACAUGGGAUGCUGCCCGAAAGAUGUAUCAGAUUGAAGGCAUUCGCUCCUUCUAUUCCGGCCUGACGCCCGCUCUUCUGGGGUUGACCCAUGUCGCUAUCCAAUUUCCUCUUUACGAAUACCUCAAGAUGGCCUUCACCGGCUACGGCAUUGGAGAACAUCCCGAUACUGGUAGCUCCCACUGGAUUGGUAUCACCUUUGCCACUUUCCUCAGCAAGAUCGUGGCUAGCACUGUCACAUACCCCCACGAGGUGCUACGCACCCGACUACAAACACAGCAACGCACAAUCCCGGCGUCGUCGCCGGAGGAAAUUUCUUUCCGUGGAGGAUUAAAUCAUCCGCAUGACCGCGGGCGACCACCCAUGGUCUCAUCAUCGGAUGGAAUGCCCAAUCGCCCCCGUUACAACGGCAUGAUCCGCACGUGCCAGACAAUCCUCCGAGAGGAGGGCUGGCGUGCGUUCUAUUCCGGCAUCGGCACCAACCUAUUCCGGGCUGUCCCGGCUGCCAUGACUACAAUGCUUACUUAUGAGUAUCUGCGGAAGCUUAUUCACAGCUACCAGCAUGAAGGCGAGAUAAAGCUGCGCUUGGCAGAAAGUCAGGAUGCAGAAGCGUCUGGCAUGAUCUGA